AUGGCAGCCCUUGGCCAGCUCGAAAAACUCCCUGAGUCCGUGCGAGAUUCGAAGCUACGCGCGGCAUUUCGUUAUGACGGGCAUCAACAGUAUGUUGUCCACCCCCGAGGACUUAGAGGGCGUCUGGAACAGAAAGAGGAUGUAUGGAUUCGAAUCAAGACUAUAGGCGCUGGUGGAAAUGGGUCAGUGGACCUCCAAUGCAGGGAGUCGCCGAGAACAGGACUCCCAACACAACUCCGGGCCGUCAAAAAUAUCCGCAUUCCAGAAGCCGAGCUCAUAUCCAACCGCGACUUUUAUGUUCGCGAGCUUGAGGCAAUUGCCAAAUUCUCCUCGUUACGAUAUGGAGAUCUGUUUGUCAAAUCUCUUGGGUGGUUCACGAGCGAGGAUACCAUUCACAUAGCAAUGGAGUACUGUAAACUCGGGGACUUACAAAUGUUUCUUUUCGAUAAGUGCCCAGGCCAUCGACUUCCAGAGGACCAGACUCGAGAGAUUGCAUCUCAAGUCCUGGAAGCGAUUUCUUGUAUGCAUGAGGAGUACUUUGCACAUCGAGAUAUAAAACCUGCGAACAUCCUGAUUCAAAGCCACCCGCCAGAGAGCCCUUGGGUGGUUAAGCUGGCUGAUUUCGGAAUCAGCCGACGCAGCUUGGGGCAUGAGAUGAAUUCGACUACAACAAGACGCGGCACGCCUGUAUUUUGGCCUCCUGAGCUCCAUGGGUUCGUAACCAGUGAUAGUGAAGGGUAUGGUAACCUCUAUGCCACUGACAUGUGGUGCUUCGGGGAGACUCUUUUCAGAGUCCUCACUGGCCAAGCCACAUUCGGAAAUGUGGCAAAGCUUUCGAAUUUUGCAUUCGGUCAGAUCGACUUUCCCGAGGCUAUUCUGAAAGACCUAUCAGUGAGUGACGGGGGGGUUGCGUUCUUAAGAUCGCUCAUUGUCUGCAAUCCCAGAGAUCGACUCACCGCACUGGAUGCACUGGAACAUCCAUGGUUCGACCAAGACAUCCCUAAUUCGUACUGGGAACAACCCAGCACGCCUCUUACAGAUAUCGCCAAUGCCACUGACCUACCGUAUCUCCACCAGGAAACUACAGGACCCUCAGCCGUUUGGCCGACAAGGAGCUCCCUAGAAGACAUUGGAACUUCCUCAAUCAAGGCCUUCAACAAGGGACGAGCAACCAAUUCUCGAAGGUUGGGAAACAACGGUCCCUACGACAGCUUCGGCUUCGUGGCCUACGGAGCGCUCUGA